AUUGAAGCCCCCUCACCCAAAAAGAAGCCGAAAUAGGACUCACACUGGGAUGAGCUCAUCCCUGCACUUUUUCUCGCGAGAUGUCAGGAGUAGUGUUCGAUGACGAUGGCGGGAAAGUCCACCAUGGCGGGAAAAAGCAACGUGGUCAACACAAGAAGGGAGGCGCUGUUGCGCAGUGCAGCGCUGCAAAUUGCACCGAAAUACGCCACAAAAGCAACAAUUACUAUCUCAAAACCAGGACAGGAAAUAUCAUAUUUUAUGCUUCUGUUAUUUUUAAUCUCUAGAUUUCUCUUUAGUGUGUGUGUGUUCACAGAAAGUGGUGUUGUGCCUCUUUGUGGUUUAAAGGAAGAUUGUUUAUUAUAAAAGCUGAAGACUCAGAGAGGGAGGGAGAGGAAAAAAGAGCAGAGGAGGAAGGAAAGGAGGGAGGGAGGACUUAAUUAUAACAGGUUGGUAUGUACGUAGUGGUGAGUGUGCAGGGGAGCAAAAGUACAUUUUAUUAUUUAAUAUUUUUAGGAGGGGGGGUUUCAUGUGAAGCACACUGCAGGGUCUGAUUUUGCAUAUUAGGCCUCUUUAGUGACAUAACAAGGGGGGGCUGCAUCUAGUUGUGGUGUGUGCAUCUCAAGCAGGCGUGGAAAGGGAAUUAUUGUUGGUUGACUCUCUUCUUCAUCUUCCUCAUCAUCAUCAUCGUCAUCAUCAUCAUCCGGCCUGCUGAGGAGGGAAGCCGGGAGCUGGAGUUUGUGACACAGGACUCACCAUGGCGGUAAACCUGGACAAGGACGCUUACUACCGCCGGAUCAAGAGGUUCUACGGCAACUGGAAGAAAGCGGAGGAUGAGUUCGGCAAAGUCGAUGCCAUCGUUGUGUCCGUGGGAGUGGAUGAGGAAAUCGUGUACGCCAAAUCCACAGCCAUACAGACAUGGCUGUUCGGCUACGAGCUGACGGACACCAUCAUGGUGUUCUGCGACACCAAAAUCAUCUUCCUCGCCAGCAAGAAGAAGGUGGAUUUCCUCAAACAAGUCGCCAUAACGAAAGGCAACGAGAACGCCAACGGUGUCCCGCCCAUCACCCUGCUCACCAGAGAAAAGAAUGAAAGCAACAAAGGCAACUUCGACAAGAUGAUCGAGGCGAUCCGGAGCAGCAAAGAAGGAAAGACGGUGGGCAUCUUCAGCAAGGACAAGUUCCCCGGAGAGUACAUGAAGAGCUGGAACGACACGAUCAGCGCUGAGGGACUGGAAAAGGUGGACAUCAGCGCUGUGGUCGCGUACACGAUGGCGGUGAAGGAGGACGGCGAGCUGGGCCUGAUGAAGAAGGCGGCGGCCAUCACCAGCGAGGUUUACUCCAAGUUCUUUAAGGAGCGCGUCAUGGAGAUCGUGGACGCAGACGAGAAAGUGCGCCACAGUAAGCUUGCGGAGUCGGUGGAGAAGGCGAUCGAGGAGAAGAAGUACCUGGGUGGUGCAGAUCCCUCCACAGUGGAGAUGUGUUACCCUCCCAUCAUCCAGAGCGGGGGGAACUACAGCCUCAAGUUCAGCGUCGUCAGCGAUAAGAACCACAUGCACUUCGGCGCGAUCACGUGUGCCAUGGGCAUCCGCUACAAGUCGUACUGCUCCAACCUGGUACGGACCCUCAUGGUGGACCCGCCUCAGGAGAUGCAGGACAACUACAACUUCCUGCUGCAGGUGGAGGAGGAGCUGCUGAAAGAGCUCAAACACGGCGUAAAAAUCAGUGACGCCUACAACAUCGCUCAGGAGUACGUGAAGAAAGAGAAACCUGAUCUUGUUGCAAAGCUGACCAAAAACCUCGGCUUUGCGAUGGGAAUUGAGUUCAGAGAAGGCUCUUUGGUUUUGAACGCAAAAAAUCAGUACAAACUGAAAAAAGGCAUGGUGUUGAGUAUCAGUUUGGGUUUCGCUGACCUCGUAAACAAAGAGGGCAAAAAGGAGGAGCAGAAGAAGUACGCUUUGUUUAUUGGAGACACAAUACAGAUCAAUGAGGAGGAGGCCGCCACGAUACUCACACCGGUCAAGAAAAAGAUCAAAAAUGUGGGAAUCUUCUUGAAGAAUGAUGAUGAAGAGGACGAGGAGGAGGACGGAGACGAUGCAGAGGAGCUGCUGGGGAAGGGUGCUCGCAGCGCCGCCCUGCUGGCUGACAGAACCAGAAACGAAAUGACGGCGGAGGAGAAGAGGCGGGCCCACCAGAAGGAGCUGGCCAAUCACCUGAACAAUGAAGCGAAGCGGCGUCUGACGGAGCAGAAAGGAGAGCAGCAGAUCCAGAAGGCCAGAAAAUCCAACGUGUCCUACAAGAACGUCUCUCAGAUGCCUCGAGAAAAAGACAUUAGAGAGAUGAAGAUCUUCAUCGACAAGAAGUACGAGACCGUCGUCAUGCCCGUGUUUGGUAUCGCCACGCCGUUCCACAUCGCCACCAUCAAGAAUAUCAGUAUGUCCGUAGAAGGAGACUACACCUACUUGAGGAUCAACUUCUACGUCCCCGGCAGCUCUCUGGGGCGACAGGAAGGGAAUAUCUUCCCCAACCCCGACGCCACUUUUGUCAAAGAAAUCACGUACCGAGCCUCCAACCUGAAAGCCCCCGGCGACACCUCCGUGCCCUCCACAAACCUGCAGAACGCCUUCCGCAUCAUCAAGGAAGUCCAGAAGCGCUACAAGACGCGAGAGGCCGAGGAGAAGGAGAAGGAGGGCAUCAUCAAGCAGGACUCGCUGGUCAUCAACCUCAACCGCAGCAAUCCCAAGCUCAAAGACCUCUACAUCAGACCCAACAUCGCCCAGAAGAGGAUGCAGGGCUCGCUGGAGGCUCAUACUAAUGGUUUCCGUUUCACGUCAGUCCGCGGAGAUAAAGUCGACAUCCUGUACAACAACAUCAAACACGCCGUCUUCCAGCCGUGCGACGGGGAGAUGAUCAUCGUACUUCACUUCCACCUCAAGAACGCCAUCAUGUUCGGGAAGCGGCGCCACACAGACGUCCAGUUCUACACGGAGGUCGGGGAGAUCACCACAGAUUUGGGCAAACACCAACACAUGCACGACAGAGACGACCUGUACGCCGAGCAGAUGGAGCGCGAGAUGAGGCACAAGCUCAAGUCGGCCUUCAAGAACUUUAUCGAGAAGGUGGAGACGCUGACGAAGGAGGAGCUGGAGUUCGAAGUGCCCUUCAGAGACCUCGGGUUCCAGGGCGCCCCCUACAGGAGCACCUGCCUGUUACAACCAACGUCCAGUUCACUUGUGAAUGUUACAGAAUGGCCGCCGUUUGUGGUGACUCUGGACGAGGUGGAGCUGGUCCACUUUGAGCGUGUGCAGUUCCACCUAAAGAACUUCGACGUGGUCAUCGUUUACAAGGACUACAACAAGAAGGUGACCAUGAUCAACGCCGUGCCCGUCAACUCCCUGGACCCCAUCAAGGAGUGGCUCAACUCGUGUGACAUCAAGUACACAGAGGGAGUCCAGUCGCUGAACUGGACGAAGAUCAUGAAGACCAUCGUAGACGAUCCAGAGGGCUUCUUCGAGCAGGGAGGCUGGUCUUUCUUGGACCCAGAGAGCGAGGGGAGUGGUGGAGAGGAAGACUCGGAGUCAGAAAUGGAGGACGAAACGUUCAACCCGUCUGCAGACGAGGAAGAAGAAGAGGAGGAGGACAGUGACGAGGACUACGACUCGGAGACGGAGGACUCUGUGGAUUACAGCGCGUCGAUCGGCAGCGAGGAGGAGAGCGGGAAAGACUGGGACGAGCUGGAGGAAGAGGCCAGGAAAGCUGACAGAGAGAGCCACUACGAGGACGAGGACACAUCCAACAAGAAGAGGAAGGUCCGCCCAGAGCCGCCACCACCGCCCAGCAAGAAGAAGAGACGGCACUAAAUGUCUCACACACACAUAAUCACACACAGACACACACACACACACACACCCAUACUGCCAAACCUAGUUGACCCUUGACCCCUUAUUCUUUUACCCCAACUGGCUCUUCUGACCCACACACACACACACAAACAUACACAAACACACACACAGGAUGUGUAUAUAGAUGUUAGGAGCCCCUGAUUUUGGUGUUGGUCAGUGAUGUUGUAAUGAUGAGAGAGAACCAGGCAGGACACACACACACACACCACACUUACAUCUACACACACACACUUGUCAUUUCUUAGUUUUUCCUCCUCAUUCCUUCCUCAUUCUCUCUUUUGUUUCCUCCUCCUGUCUUCUUUCAUCCAUCCAUCAGGGUUUUGUGUGUGUGUAUGCGUGUGCGUGUGUGUGUGUGCAUGUGUGUUUAAAAGGGUUUUUAUUGAAGCGUUGUUAAUUUUCUGUUUCUAAUCUAACGGAUAAUAAAAAGAAAAGACUUGAGAAGAUUCUCUGCCAAGUGUUUUUAUAUGAAAAGAGAGAAACUGUCGAUUCACCCCGACCCUCUGUCUUCUGUUUCGCUCUCCUCACGCUGUUUUCCUUUUUUUUUUCUUUGUGUUUGUUAAAUUGUAGAAACAAGAUUACACACUUGUCUUUUUCCAGGGAGGGGCAGACACAUUUUCUGAUCUUUGUUUUUUUUAAACGGGGGUUUAUAAAGUCACACACACACACACACAUGCACACACGCAUACACGCAUACACACAGUCUCCCUCGCACUUGUCCUCCUCUCUGUUCCCCUCAUUUUGUUAAUUUUCAGUAGAUUCUGUUUGUUGUUGUACUGUUAAUUCUGAAAAUCCUGUUUUUGUAAUAAAAUUAAAAGGAACUCUAGUUUA